AUGUCAAAUAUUCCUUUUCCGCGAUUAAAACCUCAAGUUGAUGUGGGUCCUAAACAAAUUUUACCUGACUUAAAUAUUAGAUUAAUUUGUCCAGACUGUAAACAACAAAUACCAAAUAUUGUCGAAGAAUUCGCAAGUGGUGACCUUGUUUGCGGAGAUUGUGGUCUGGUUCUUGGUGAUCGUAUUAUUGAUACAAGAUCUGAAUGGAGAACUUUUGCUAAUGAUGAUGGUGAUGACCCAUCUCGCGUUGGUUCAGCUGCUAAUCCACUUUUAGAUGGUUCACAAUUAGAUACUGUAAUUUCAAGAAGAGAUGGUGGUUCAGGUACUGCUAGAGAUCUUAAUAAAAUACAUGGUAAAGCUAACGCUGUUAAGGGUGAAAAAAAUCUUAUUCAAGCUUAUCAACAAAUAACUGCAAUGAGUGAUUCUAUUGGCUUAACAAGGUUAAUUGCUGAUAUCGCAAAACAAUUAUAUAAAAGAGUAGAGGAAGAGAAACUUUUAAGGGGUAAAAGUACUGAAUCAAUUAUUGCCGCUUGUAUAUUUAUAGCAUGUAGACAAGAAAAUGUUCCCCGUACUUUUAAAGAGAUUUGUGUAAUAACUAGAGUUCCAAAAAAAGAAAUUGGACGUUGUUUUAAAACAUUGAUUCGUACAUUCGAAACAAACGUAACAACUAUGACAUCAGAAGAUUUGAUGUCAAGAUUUUGUUCAAUGUUAAAACUUCGAAUGGAAAUACAAAAAACCGCACUUGAACUUACCGUGAAAACAAAAGAAUUAGGUACUUUAGCUGGAAAAUCACCUGUUUCAGUUGCAGCAGCUUGUAUCUAUAUGGCUUCAUGUCUUUAUAAUCAACCACAAUCUACAAAAGAUGUUGCGCAAGUUACAGGUGUUUCGGAAGUUACAAUUAAAAAUUCAUACAAAUUAUUAUAUGGUGAGAAAGAAAGGUUACUUGAUAAAAAGAAAUAUGAUUAUAACAAUUUACUUUCACCAUAA